AUGGAUCCAUCACCUGUUGUGGAAGAUCACCCAGGCACAUCGGAUCUGGAUCUUACCUGGGACUCAGAUCAAGACUAUGAUGAAUGCGUGUAUUACCAUGAAGGAAGCGAUCUAUACGCCGAAGAUAUGGCGGUGCUGCCUGAAGUACCUGUGGUGACGGAAGAUGUGAGGAUCGAAGAUAUUCAACUAUGCGGAUCUGAUAAUCAAAUUCCAGAAGAAAUCGAGCGACUCCGCCAAAAGAUUUGGCAGUUCCGACAUCUCUUGAUCGGGAAGGGAAUGCUCUUCCGCCGGCAGCUAGAGACGUGGUGUGCGAUAUAG